CACAAACAGACCGGUCAUAUAUAUGUUAUUUUGUUUUUUUUUUUUAGUAGUUUUAGUUUUUUAGUUAAAGUUAAAUGACCCUAUUAUGGUGUUUCUAACCUUAAAGUGGAAGUGUGACCCCUGUAUAUUAAAGGGGCAGUAUGUAAAGACUGGCCUCCUGUCAGAUGCAAAACAAAUACCAGGCAGCAAAUCACCAGAGUAGCUGCUGCUAACUGUAGCUGCCCUUAGCUAGCUAGCUCAGUUAGCCGUGUAGCUACCGGUGCAGACUUGGAGGGCAUACACUGGAGCUUUUGACCGAGAGCAGGCGAGGCUUGCUGGUAUGUACGUGUGCUCCCAGUGCAGCCACCCGCUGUUCUCCAGCCGGUCCAAGUUCCCCCACUCAUCUCCUUGGCCGGCUUUCACCGACACCAUCCGGGAGGACAGCGUCACCAAGAUGAUGGAGUCUCUAACCGCCUUCAAGGUUCUGUGUGGCAAGUGUGGGAACGGUCUGGGCCACGAGUUUGUGAAUGACGGCCCACAGGAGGGAGUCUCUCGUUUCUGAAUAUUCAGCCACUCGCUCAAGUUUGUCCCCAGCAAAGGCAACGACAAGCAAUAAAGAGCGAGGUCUGAGUUUCCCCUCCAGCUGCUGUAUCUGCUGCUCGGUCCAGGAUCGGUGACCAGGUCCGGUCAGCGGGUGACGUGGACAGGAGAAAAAGCCCGAGAGGGACGACCUGUCCGCCGAAGAGUAUUUGACCGGCCUGUGACACAGUGACGGGACCACACACUGCAAAUAUUCCCAAAAAAGAAGUUACAUUCCUCAAAUACCUCAUAAAUACUACUCAUUAAAUACAUAUUAACUUUGAUUUGUUAUUAAUAUGAUGUCGCUUUUAAGAGAAGUAUCAGUAGACGCAUGCGAUUUUAGCAACAAAGCUGUUUUUAAGAAAUCAUGUAGCAGGUUUAUAAUGUUAUAUUUUUGACAUUAUAUUGCGUCAUUUACUUCUACAACUUCCCGAAGAUAAAUGUAAUCAUACUUCUAUGUUAUAUGCACUGAAGAAUCCAGAUUUCUCAUCAGGCUGUACUUUUGUAUACUUAUUUCACAAAUACGCAAUAGCAAAAGAAACACUGUUAAUCUGCCGCAUGACCCUGUUCUGUUAGUCACCGAAUGUAAGCCGGUUUACUUGAACCGAUAUGUUUUGCCUGUGCGAAAUCAUCAGUGACAGCGAAGUGGCGUCCCCAAGGAGGGUCUGGGGGGGUCAUGAGAAGUUUGUGUGUAUCAUGCUAAUCAUUUGAUGCUUUACAUUUCCAGUAAAUCAAUGAUUUAAAUAAGAUUAAAUGAGUAGCCACCCAGGUGGUUUUACACCAUCUGUUAGUAUCCAACCCUGGCUUUUUUGUAGCCACCCCAACAUUUUCAGUGACCACCUCUAGCCCUCUAAUUAAAAAAAAAUAAUAAUAAUAAUAAAAUAAAAUAAAACGGUUUAAAGGUUUUUGGGGGCGCCCCGUCUCUCAGAGCUCUUGUGUUUUUGUAUUUUACUUUGAAAAACUCACAUCGACAUCUAAGUUGAGUAUGAUAAAAGGAUAGGUUGUGUUUAUCCUCCACUGUCAGUGUAUUCAUAUGGAGAAACAAUAACGAUACCAGAAAUAAAUUAUAGUUUGAUAGAUUUA